CCGCGGUGGAGGCGCGCCAGGCGGACGGGGACGCGGCCGCGGCCGGGGAUGAGCGGACUGCGGGCACCCACGCCGCCCGCGGGCCCCGGGAGGCCGUGAGGAGCCGCUGCUCCCCGAGGCGCCGCCCUGCCCGCGGCGUGGACACCAUGUCCAUUCACAUCGUGGCGCUGGGGAACGAGGGGGACGCGUUCCACCAGGACCCGCGGCCGUCGGGGCUCAUCCGCACCUACUUGGGGCGAAGCCCCCUGGUCUCCGGGGAUGAGAGCAGCUUGUUGCUGAACGCGGCCGGCACGGUGGCGCGGCCGGUGUUCACCGAGUACCAGGCCAGCGCUUUCGGGAACGUCCAGCUCCUGGUCCACGACUGUCCCGUCUGGGACAUUUUUGACAGCGAUUGGUAUACAUCUCGAAACCUGAUUGGAAGUGCUGACAUCAUUGUGAUCAAGUACAACGUCAAUGACAAGCUUUCCUUCCACGAAGUAAAGGAUAAUUAUAUUCCAGUGAUAAAAAGAGCAUUAAAUUCAAUCCCAGUCAUCAUUGCUGCAAUUGGUACCAGACAAAAUGAUGAAUUACCCUGUACCUGCCCUCUGUGUACCUCCGACCGAGGGAGCUGUGUCAGUACAACAGAAGGCAUCCAGCUGGCUAAAGAACUAGGAGCGACUUACCUUGAACUACACAGCCUGGAUGACUUCUACAUAGGAAAGUACUUCGGGGGUGUGUUGGAAUACUUUAUGAUUCAAGCCUUAAACCACAAGACAAGUGAAAAAAUGAAGAAGAGGAAAAUGAGCAGCUCAUUUCACGGCAUUCGACCACCGCAACUUGAGCAACCAGAGAAGAUGCCUGUCCUAAAGGCCGAAGCCUCGCAUUAUAACUCGGACCUGAACAAGCUGCUGUUCUGCUGCCAGUGCGUGGAUGUGGUGUUCUUCCACCCCGACCUGCAGGAAGUGGCACAGGCGCACAAGAUCGUGCUGUGCGCAGUCAGCCACGUGUUCAUGUUGCUGUUCAGCGUGAAGAGCGCCGCCGACGUGCAGGACGCCAGCAUCGUGCGGACGGCGCAGGACCUCUUCGCCGUGAGCCGGGACCCUGCAGCGCCCGCUGGCCGGGCCUCCCCGGGGAACCCGCCGCUGCGCGUGGUUGUCAAGGACGUGGUCUUCUGUUCUUGCUUGGCCCCCAUCCUGCGCUUCAUUUACUCAGGUGCUUUUCAGUGGGAAGAAUUGGAAGAGGAUAUCAGGAAGAAGUUGAAAGAUUCUGGAGAUGUUUCUGAUGUCAUUGAGAAAGUUAAAUGUAUUUUAAAGACACCAGGAAAGAUUAAUUGCCUACGGAAUUGCAAAACUUACCAAGCUAGAAAACCUCUGUGGUUUUAUAACACUUCCCUCAAGUUUUUCCUAAAUAAACCAAUGCUUGCUGAUGUUGUCUUCGAAAUACAAGGUACAACAGUGCCAGCCCACAGGGCCAUCCUGGUAGCCCGCUGUGAAGUGAUGGCGGCCAUGUUCAAUGGUAAUUACAUGGAGGCAAAGAGUGUCCUGAUUCCAGUUUAUGGUGUUUCCAAAGAGACUUUCUUGUCCUUUUUAGAGUACCUAUACACAGACUCCUGUUGCCCAGCUGGCAUUUUCCAGGCCAUGUGCCUGCUGAUCUGUGCUGAGAUGUACCAGGUGUCGCGGCUGCAGCACAUCUGUGAGCUCUUCAUCAUCACACAGCUGCAGAGCAUGCCCAGCAGGGAGCUGGCCUCCAUGAACCUGGACAUCGUCGACCUGCUCAAGAAGGCCAAGUUCCACCACUCUGAUUGCCUUUCAACCUGGCUACUUCAUUUCAUUGCCACCAACUACCUCAUCUUUAGUCAAAAGCCUGAAUUUCAAGAUCUUUCAGUGGAAGAACGCAGUUUCGUUGAAAAGCACAGAUGGCCAUCAAAUUUGUACUUGAAGCAGCUUGCAGAAUACAGGAAAUAUAUUCACUCCCGGAAAUGUCGUUGCCUAGUAAUGUAAUGUGGAGCUUUUAUAUACAUACAUGUUUUCAUGAUUAUGAAGAAUGGGAUAUUGCUGGAUUCCAGUGGAAUUCUUAUGACUGAAUGCCAGUGUGGAUGUUAAAAAUCAGCUUAAUGUGUUUAUUAGUUCUCUUUGAAAAACCAAAACUGUAUUUUUAAAAGGGAACAAAAUAUAACACAGACUAAAACUAAGGCUUUACUCUAGAAUAUAAAACUGUUCUACAGCUAUAUUUUUCCCUUUAAGAUGUUCUGUUGCUUUGGUGACCCCUCCUUGUUAAGAAAUCCUUAAAAUUUUUUAAAAAAUCUAUUAGGAUUAAUACAGAAAUUCAUCACAUCUGAUUAGCUGCUGUAUUAAAACCAGGAGCAAUGAAGAAUCCCAUGUAACUAAUUCUACAAUGAGAAAUCUUGAGGUAGAGACUAAUCAGUCCAAUGUGAAAUUUUUGAAAUGAAAAUUCGAGAUUUUGAGAGUGUCAUGCUAACUUUCUUGGUUCCAAACUAGUGUCAGUGUUUGAAUCAACAUCAUGAACAAAUCUCUUCCCUCCAGAGGGGUCACCUGUCUUCUGUCCGGGUUCUGACUGGGCAGGAAGCCCACCAGUUCCUGUCACACAGGCUCCACACUUGGAAGCCCUUCAUUGUUUUGGUGCUUGGCUACGGCUGUCAUGAAAUUGUUAAUAAUGUUUGAAGAAGGGGCCCCAUUUUGCCUUUGCACUGGGCCCCUAAAAUUAUGUGUAUUUCCUGGCAGGAAAAAUACCAUGUUUUCCUGCUCAGACAUCAUUUUCUCUGAAAGCUGAAAGAGGCACUGGUGUCCAGGGAAUCUAGGGCUUGUCAGAGGGGAGAGAGGACAGUGGUGAUUCUUGCUCUUGGGGUGUCUGUCCCACAGGGCCUUUGGUGCCACCUCCAUUAGUGCAUGAAAAUCACCAGUGUUGGAUUAACUUUAAAACCUAGUCCUGGCUCUGUUGCUGAUGAACAAACACUUUCUUGAUCAUUCUGUAAGGCCAAGGUAUUGGUAACAGUGAUGACUAGCUUGAUUUUAGUACACAUUUAUAAAGAUGUAUUAAAAGGAAAAGAUGCAUUCUGAAGAAUUUGCUGUGGAGGCUCAGUACUUCAGAGUGUGCUAAGAUUAGGUUGUCAGUGGUUUGAAUUGUUCGAAUUCUUUCCAAGAAAUAUAGGGCUAUUUAAUGUGGAGUGGCUUGAGUCUUAUCCUUUAAGGUUACUCAGUAAGUUAAAGAAAGGGUAUAAAUCAAAGAUGUGUUCUGUGUAGAGAAAAUGGUACUGGGAUAGAAGACAGAAGUAGUUUCUCUCAUAGCACAUGUGUACACAAAUGAUUAUUUCAGAAGCUCAUAAGCCUGAAGUUAGAAAACAGAUUACUUAGUAUUUAUUGUUCAUGCUAUUGCCAUCUUUAAUUUAAUAUUGGAAUAUGUUUUUCUGUUAAAUUCGAGUGAUUUUAGAAUACGCAUAUUUUUUUUCCAACUUCUCAAAUGUUUGAUUGAACAGUCUUAUAAUGUAGUAUUAGGAUUCCAUGCAGCUGAUACAUGUACCAAUACUAUCAGAAGAAAGUAAAAACUUCCUUAUAAAUAUAUUCCAGGAAACCUGCUUUCAAUUGGACUGUGUUAAUGAAGAUUACUGGAAUGUGUUUUGUAUUUUUUGUGUUUUAAUCACUUCAGUAAUCAAUUAUUAGCAAAUCCCAUUUGGUUAGGAUUAAUAUCAUAAAGAAUAGUUACUAUAGCAAAUUUCUAUAAAGUCUUUCACAUUUAUGAACUUUUAAAAUGCAAUGGUAACCUUUUGUUCUUUGGAAGCACAUUCUCAUCACUAUAUUACAGCAUUUAAAAUGGAAAGUUACCAAUUGCAAAACAAAUUAAAAUAUUUUCUUGAAAAUACUAUUGAAUAAGUAGAUAGUAGCUAGUUCUUUUUGGUUGUUUGGCCUGAGUGAAAUUGAGUUUGGAAGCUGGUACUCCUGGGUGCUGAUCUGUAGUAUUUAUUUUGAAAGUUCUUUACCACCUAUGUGGGUGACUCAGCCUGAUGCAUCAAUUCUCCAGAGCUAAUUAAAAUAUGAUCAAAUUAGUGUUAGAACUCAUUGAGUGUAGAAUCUUUAAUACCUUUAAUUGACUCAAUUUAAAAUGAUGAGAAAUUUCAGAGACUCAUAAACUAUUUUAGGGAAAUGCAUGCUGGUUUCAAGGAGAAUUUUUCAAUUGAACAAUUAUUUCUAGAUGGAUGUAUACUUUUGCUGAUCUCUGCUUUAUUAUAUUUCCCAAUCAUUUUAAUUAGAGAGGAUACUCUAUAUUGGAGCUAAGGCCUUUCCUUUCUGGGCCAAGUUUUCAUGCUGUUUAACCCUUUGUAUACUGCUGGCUACUCUGUGUUCCCAUUACAGGAGCCUAGAUUUGUAAUAGUGAACUUCUGGGGUUGUAGUGGAAGUUCGGCCCAUCCACACCAGCGUGGGGGGCUUCACAUUGGGUAGUAGCAAAAUAAAUUUUAUUUCCACAGUAGCUAAACUUUCCAACUAUAAUUUUACAAACUACUACACUACUAUAGCUAAUUGGGCACAAAUGUCCUCAAAGUAUUUCAUUUUAUUUAAAGUAUCUGUUUAAUUCAAUCUUUAAUGAUUUUGCAAAGAAGGGCAUGUGAGUAAUUUUAAUAGAGCCUGACCUGAAUUUAUAUGUUUUUAGCUUUAGUAUUUAACAUUUUAUAACAAAUAAACUUUUUUAAAAAUAA